AUGUCACCUCAGGCGUAUCUCGGUCUUGUCUUCAACUGGGGAGCUCUCCUGGGCUGGGCGGCAGUGCAUGGCUCGCUGCACCUGCCAGCUGUUCUACCGCUCUACAUGGGUGGCAUCUGUUGGACGCUAGUGUACGACACAAUCUAUGCGCACCAGGACAAGGCUGACGACAUCACAGCAGGCGUGAAGUCAACAGCGCUGCUCUUCGGCCAUCGCACGCCACUCUACCUCUCCCUCUUCAGCGCAGCAGCCAUCACCAGCCUCGCUGCUGCCGGCUCAGCUGUCAACCUUGAGGCGCCGUUCUCGACCGAUUCCGUGGCUGCUGUUGGCGCUUCUCAGCAUGCUCCUUCUCUCUGGAUUGCCGCUUUCGUCCAGAACCCGAUCCUUUCUGUACCAACUGCCCUUGAUAAUGCCUUGAUGAAGCCUUUCCUUGCAACCCGUCUACAGUCUACCUCUGUUGCGGCCUUCCCUUUGCUCUCCGUUGGAAUGGGCUGGCAUCGCUCUUACAUCGCCUUCCCGCUUGUCCCACAUCGUGGCGUUCCUUCGUGCUGUCGUGUUGCAGGCCCCCCUUUCUAUGCCUCGCUAGCAGCGGCAGGAGCACACAUGGCAUGGCAGAUUGCCACCACGGAAUAUGAUAGCCGGGAAGAUUGCUACUCCAAGUGA